UACAGUUCUCAUUCACCCCUUCGUGAUUGAGUGAGUGAGUGAGGGGGCUGGCCAAGUUGGGUUCCCGAUGGGCAAAGAGAUUAUUCCGGCGGCGGAGAAAUCCCUAAAUCUGAUUCGCGGGAGACUCUGCGAUCCUAGUUAUGUCUUCAGACCUCUUUCCGCUUCGUCAGACAGCAACUACAGUAAGUUGAAGUUCAUUGUAUCAACCUCUAUCACGGAGGGAUGCAACAAUUCCAUCUUGCUUCUCGGCCCUCGCGGCUCUGGAAAAGCUGCUGUCUUGGAUCUCGUUGUUGGUGAUUUAUUGGAGGAGUUCCCUGAUUCAGUAUCACUGAUCAGACUGAAUGGUCUCUUGCAUAGUGAUGAUAACUGUGCUUUUAAGGAAAUUGCCAGACAGUUGUGCAUGGAACACCACCUGCUCUUCUCCAAAAUGGCAUCAUUGGAUGAGAAUUCACAGUUCAUAGUAGCCAUGUUGCGGGAAUGUGGACUAGCACAUAAGACGAUCAUCUUUGUGCUUGAUGAAUUUGACAUGUUUGCACAGGGAAAGCAGCGGUUGCUAUACAGUUUGCUGGAUGCUAUGCAAUCUGUAACAUCACAAGCUGUUGUCAUCGGUCUCAGUUCUCGAUUGGACGCUGACCAACUUCUGGAGAAAAGAGUGAGAUCUCGCUUUUCACACAGAAAAAUAUUGUUUCUUCCUCCAUCCAGGGAAGAAUUUGACGGUUUGUUGGAACACCUGCUGUCUCUACCAGCAGACUCAAGCUUCCCCAACGGAUAUGUUUCUCGGUUCAAUGAAAAGAUUAAGAAUAUAACAUCAGACACGAGAUUUAAAGACAUACUCAGGACAUUAUUUAAUGCCAAUUCUACCGUGAACAGUUUGCUGAAGUUUAUAUUCCGCGCUGUUUCUUUAAUGAAUUUGGAAUCUGGCCUCCUCUCUCUUGAGAACUUCAAAGCAGCACUUUCAAGUAUGCAAAGGCAACCAAAGUUGGAAGCCGUUAGAGAUUGUUCCAUACUGGAGCUUUAUCUCCUGGUUUGUAUGAGGAGACUAGAAGUGAAGGAGCAAAGC